AUGACGGGUGAUGUCUCUGGCACGGAAACAGUGGCCACGCGGUUGACGCCCCAGGAUAUCGAACGAGAACUUGGAGACAAUGGAGGAAGUAACGCAGACGCUGUGGGUAUGCCGCUAGGCCCAUGGAAGAUCGACGGUUUCAAAUGGUUCAGCAGCGCCACUGAUUCAGAGAUGAGUGUGCUGCUCGCACGCACUGCUAAAGGUGGCCUCUCGGCGUUCUACAUGCCUAUGCGUCGACUCGUAGGGAACAGAGACACAAGGAACGACGCUAUUUAUGGAGAUGUGACGCCUUCCACUGAGCUCAACGGCGUCCGCAUACAGCGCUUAAAGAAUAAGCUUGGUACCAAGUCUCUUCCAACAGCCGAACUCGAGCUCAAAGGUGCUCGCGCCUGGCUCAUCGGUACCGAAGGACAAGGCGUAAAAGAAAUAUCCGCUAUCCUGAACAUCACCCGUCUACAUACUGCAGUGAGCAGUGCAGCAAACUGGGCACGCGGUCUCGCUAUCUCCCGUGCCUAUAGCAAAGUCCGGAAAGUCCGCGGUGGUCUACUACAGGACAACCCUGCACAUCUACGGUGGAUGGCAGAUGAGACGGUCAAAUACUGGGCCAGCACGCACUUUGCCUUCCUGGGUGUCGCAUUACAAGGUGCGUUGGAGCAGGGCUGGGAGGCUGCGGUACGUAACACGGGGGCCUCACAGCUCAUACCGCAAGACAAGGCACAGACUGCAGAUCUGCUACGUCUCUUACUUCCAGUCAUGAAGGCCCAGGUCAGCGUCGCAUCAGUGCAUGGACUGAGAAACUGCAUGGAGUGUCUGGGUGGCGUCGGGUAUUGCGAAAACAACGAAGAUGGCGGACUGAUGAACGUGGCCAAAGUUUAUCGCGAUCAGCUUGUCAAUCCCAUAUGGGAGGGUACUAUUAGCGUCAUGGCGGAAGACUGUGUGCGGGUUAUACUCGAUAAGCGACUUGGGGAUAGUGACGUGUUGGCGAAUGUCUUUGCACCUUGGGUCCGACACGUACUGGAAGUCGUCGGUGCAGAAUUGCAAAUGGAAGCGGAGUUUAUCGAGGAGAGACUCCAACGUUUGCUCGACGUGGCCCGCGGAGCCACAAAGGAAGAAUUGCUCUACAAUGGAAGAGAUGUCCUCAAAUCGAUUGAGACCAUUACGAGCGGCUUGGUCUUGCUAUACGACGCAACGACAAGUCCCGACCCUAUUGCCUUAAAAGCUGCCCAACGCUACAUCCGCUCAAAGUCACCCAACGUUACGACGCAGAUCUCAAGGGACGGCUUGGAGGGUGCGGUAGCAGAUGACAAGAGCAUUUUUCUGGGUUCAUCCAACCUACAACCCAGCGUCUCGUCAAAACUAUGA